AUGUCGGAGUACUGGAAGUCGAUACCAAAAUACUGGUGCAAGUUUUGCAAAGACUACGUCAAAGACACCAAAUUCGAACGCCAACAACACGAGGCAACCGGCCGCCACCAGUCUAACAUCCAGCGCUCUCUCAAGGGACUCCACCGCGAACAAGCCGCCCAAGAGCGCCAGAAGCAACGCGCCAAAGAUGAAGUCGCGCGAUUGAACGGGCUUGUCCCUUCAGCCUCGUCCGCUUCCGCCGAUGCGCCAGCAAAGCCGACGUUCGCGAAAACAGAGGAUAAGAAAGCGACGCUGCAGGACCGAAAGAAACAAUGGGAACAGCUCGCUGCGAUGGGCAUUGCGGUGCCGGAUGAGGCGAGGGGUGGGAUGGCACUCAAGGGCGAGUGGUCGGUGGUCAAAGAGGAAGUUGUUGGUGAGGUAGGAGAGGAUGGAGAAUUUAAGGCGCUGAACAAGGGCGUGAGAAAGAGAAAGGUGGAUGAGGAGGAGGCGGAGAGAGAGCUGGCGGGUGAAACCAUCACACGCAAGAAAGGGUGGGGACAGACGUAUAAGAGCUUGCCUGGAAAGGGUGGAGGCGACGAUGAUGAUAUCGAGGCGUUGUUUAAGAGGCGGAAACCGGACAUCAAGGAUGAAGACACGGAGUUGAAAAAGGAGGUCAAGGGGGAAGACGUGGUGAAGGGAGAGGCUCAGCUGCAACCACUGGCGGAUAUUCCAACUGUAGAGGAGGCUGCUGCAAAACAGAAAGAGGAGAGGGGUGAUGAUGCCGCCGCUGCGGCCUUGGUGAAAGAAGAAGAGGGUUCCGGGGCUACCCCGGCAGUGGUAUUCAAGAAGCGGAAGAAGAUCGCGAAGUGA